AUUGUAUAUAUUCUGAUCCUCUUCCUUAUUCCUUUAAAUUCCUAUAGAUUCUAUCUUAAUAUCCCUUCCUUUUCUUUGAAGUGAGAGUCCAAUAAUUAACAUUGGCAACAUGUCCAGCUUUACUUCUCCCGCCCCAUACCAUAUCCUAAGUUAUGGCACUCUUCUCGGCACCUCUGUAUUUCAGUCCUUUGUCGGAGGCAUUGUCGCCUUCAAGGUGCUCCCGCGCCCCCAGUUUUCUACUCUCCAGCGACACACGUUCCCCAUUUACUUUUCCAUGCAGACUGUGCUUCCUGUCAUUCUCGCCUUGACGUAUCCCGGGGAGCGAUCUCUCCUGGAUCCGUCGGUGACGUCGGGCUCUAGCCUGUCCGGCGUGUUGGCGGAGCAGAACCGCAUUGGCGUCCUUGCUCCUCUGGCUACCAUGUUUGUCACUGGCCUGGUCAAUCUUGUAUUUCUCAUGCCCAGAGCGCAUCAGACUAUGCGCGAGCGUGCUCACCAGGGCACCAUCGACGGCAAGCAGAGCUACGACAAGGGCCCGCACUCGCCGCGCAUGACGCAGCUGAACAAGCGCUUUGGCAAGAUCCACGGCGCCUCCACGCUGCUCAAUCUCGCAGGUCUCGUCGCGACGGUGUGCUACGGCUUUACCCUUUCUGGUCGGUUGUAUUAGCUGCGGCCCGUUAAUGCUUGUACAUGAGUCCUUAGUUCUUACCCACGUAAUUUAAUUGUAUAUUUAUCGUGUUGGACGUGGGUCUUGUGUAUUGUAUAUUCAUCUUUGUACAUUAGUUCAUACCUUAGGUACCUAGUGUUGUGUAGUGUAUGUUUCUCUGCGUACCUUAGACAUGUUUCGCACAAUCUGUAAAAUCUCCUUAUUGUCCUAUCGUACUGUUAUGCUAUUGUCCUGAUCCUAUUGUCCUGUCCUGGUCCUGUCCUAUAUCCUGAUCCUGUAUCCUAAAUGUCAUCAACUUAUUCAGAGAAUGCCGAGGCUCGA